UUUAAUUGUUAUGUUAAUAGUUCAAUUACCCAUUUGUUGAAUCCGGGUUGUGCAGACCCAUUUCAGUUUGUCACUCUCUCCGUCUCCACUUCCUCUUGUCACUCGCGCUAGGUUACUUUGAAUUCGAAAUCCAGAAAGGAAGAAUGAGGCCUACAGACUUGCUUAGGAUUCUGAAUAAGCAGUUUCUUGGACUCGCCGGUGACACUGCAAAUGUUGUUGCUAAGAAGCUAACAUCGCCUCCUCCUCUUGUGUCCCGCAAACCAGCAUUUAUAGAUGCAUUUCUGUACAAGAUGAAAAAGAAUCCAGAACUUCUGAAGAACAAAAGCAUUUGGUCACGGAGAUCCACUAUCUUGCCAGAAUUUGUUGAUUCCCAAGUCAAGAUUUACAACGGGAAAACCAUGAUUCGUUGUAAGAUCACCGAGGGAAAAGUCGGUCAUAAGUUUGGUGAGUUUGCUCUCACCAGGAAACGCAAAUCUAGAGACCAACCUAAUGCCAAAGUGAAACAACUCAAGAAAAAGAAGUGAUUUUUUUUCACCAGGAAAUCGAUUUUAUGGAUAGUUUAUACUUUGCAGUUACUUACAUCAAUGUUGACAAUAAGGAUAUCAUGAAAUUUGACAAGCUUGCUGUUGAAUCAACUGGUUUCUUGACUAUUUGAUCUCUUCGUUUUUGUUGCUCUAAUAUAAAAUUUUCGAUUUAUAGUUAAGAGGAUAUGAAUCUUCCAGUUAUUUGUUUUCAGUUGAUUUAUGUAUUGUUGCAAGAUUGUUACACUAUUUGAUGAAAUUAACAUGUAAUUGAUGAAACAUGCUUGUUGAACUUAUUUGUUCAAGUCAAA